CUUUUAGUUAUGUCAUAUGAAACUUUUGCAGCCUCAUACGUCAGUAAGAUCCUGCACUGCGCAGGGGCGACAGUGUCAGCGUCUGAACCAGAGGAAGAAACCGGCUGCAAAACAGGAGUGGACAACCACUGAAUGAUGGCUGCACCAGGGUCAUUUCUGGUGUUAUCUGCCUUCAUUUUGGGGCUUUUCCAUGUGGAAGCAACACCAGACACCUUGAGCUCUCAGGAUGCUUCUUUCUGUCAUGGCGGACUAGAAGUGAUCUAUCCAGAGCUGGACAUCGAUGAAUGCAUCAUAAUUCCAAAGGACCGGAAACUCAGAGAGAAAGUCAGCACAGUUUGGGAAGCCCCAGAGAUUUACUUCACUGCAGCACAAAAGAAAAAGACGUAUGUUCUGGUGAUGGUUGAUCCUGAUGCUCCAAACCGCGCAGAUCCAAAAUCUGCUUACUGGAGGCACUGGCUGGUCGUGAACUUAAAGGCCAAUGAACUCAAGGAAGGACAGAUACAAGGAACCACCCUGACUGAGUAUCAUCCACCAACCCCGCCACAGAAGUCUGGUUUUCAUCGCUACCAGUUCAUGUUGUUUGAGCAGCCCCCAGGCACGCUGGUGUCUCUCACCAAGCAGGAAAAUUCGUCCCGUGGUAAAUGGGAUCUCCAGGCCUUCAUCACAAGGUUUGAUCUGGGAGAGCCUGUGGCCACUCUGCAGUUUCUCACCCAAAACUACAAAGACUGAAAGAUGCUCAGAUGCCUGACAGAAGCUGUGGUGGAAGAAUCUGUCUUUACAAUAAUAUAAAAUAACAUUUCCCCCACUUUCCCUGAAUUAAACAGCAUCAAUUCUUCAAAGCUUGCAA